AUGCCGGCGACUGAAGCUGCUGCUCCCGACCCUACAGCGACGGCCCAACCGCCGCCCGUCGACCGCAUCAGCAACCUCCCCGACCCCAUCCUCGGCGAGAUCGUCUCCCUCCUCCGCACCAAGCAAGGCGCUCGCACCCAGGUCCUCUCGACCCGGUGGCGCCACAUCUGGCGCUCCGCCCCGCUCAACCUCGACUGCCGCCGCCUCCCCGACGACGACGACAAGCUCGGCCGCUUCGUGUCGCGCGUCAUCUCCACCCACCCGGGGCCCGGCCGCCGCUUCCGUGUCCCCGCGUAUUGCCUCCAGGACCGGGCCGCUAAGGUGGACGCCUGGCUGCGCUCCCCCGCCCUCGACGGGCUGCAGGAGCUCGACUUCUGCCACGUCUACAACUACCGGCCACGGACAGUGCUUCCGUUGGCGCCGCCGCCGGCCUCCGCGUUCCGGUUCUCGCCGACUCUCCGUGCUGUCACCAUCGGAAGAUGUCUUCUCCCGGACAGCGCCGUCCAGGGGCUUCACCUCCCUCAGCUUAAGCAACUUGGGCUUGAAAGGGUCAGCAUCUCCGAGGCCAUGCUCAGUAACCUGAUUGCUAGGUGCCCCGCACUGGAGUGCCUACUGAUUUACUACAUCCUUGGUCUCCGAUGCGCCCGGAUCGACUCCAGUAGCCUUAUAAGCAUCGGCGUGCGUCUACGCCGUGGUUCCGGUCAUGAUGCAGAUGAGCACCAGUUCAGGGAACUCGUCAUCAAGAAUGCACCUUGCCUUGAGAGGUUGCUUCGUGUCGAUAUACUGGAUGACCUGCAUGUAACCGUAGUCGCCGCACCCAAGCUGGCGACCUUAGGUUCCCUUAAUGGCGAGAUGUACCUCAAUUCCACAGUUAUUCAGCGAUUGCCCAAUGAUAGCCCGACGACGGUGGUGGGUGCUGUCAAAGUCUUGGCUGUCGAUAUCUUUUGCCUGGAUAUAAAAACGACGAUUGAAGUGCUAAGAUGCUUUCCCUGCUUGGAGAAGUUGUAUAUUCAGCAGUCAAUAAGUGGGGAUCUAAAUUUGUGGAAGCGUAAACACCAGAGUGUUAUCAAAUGUCUUGACCUUCGUCUGAAGACGGUAAUUAUGAGAUCUUAUCGGGGUAUCAAGGCGCAAAUUAACUUCGCCACAUUCUUCAUACUGAACGCGAAAGUGCUAGAGUUAAUGACAUUUGAAGUUGAUGCCGAACAUUACACCCGGGGAUUUUUAGCAGGACAGCGCAAGGAGCUUCUGUUGGAGAAAAGAGCUUCAAGAGGUGCUCGGUUUCGUUUUCAAACUGGUAGACUUCUUCGUUGCUACUCUGAAAUCAAUAAUGUUCGUGAUUUGGACUUAAGUGAUCCAUUCCUAUGUAAGCGUUGAACUCUGGUUAGCUCUUUGUUGAGUAGUUUUUCUUGCCUAUCUGACUACCUCUGUUUGUCUUUUGUCCAACAUGGUUAGUUCUCAUGUUUGUAACUCUCUUCUGUAAGACUCCGCUGUCCUUGAUUUAAUCACUAUACUAGUACAGCCUUAGCCUUU